CUUUUGACAACUGCAACUGCAACUAUUGCUUCAUUAUCAGUCUCAAUUUCCUAGCUAGGGAAGACUAUCAUUUCUUGAUGCCAAAAAGGGAAUGAAUGACUAACCAGAUAACUAGGCUGGCUGAAAAUUUAUUUUGUUUGUGGUUGAGAUGAAUUGAUAAAUGAUCGCUACUCGGCAGUCGAAGUGACGUGUCUACAUCGACCACCACAUGGUCACAAACGCGCCAUACCUUUUUCUUAUUCUUUUUCCCGUGCAAUUAGCAAUCAAGUUCUACAGGCAUCUUUUCUUUCCCAAAAUUGUGACUUCUUUAGCAAGUCAUUUCUCUGCAGAGAUACUAGGUUUGUAAUAUGUUUCAAGUACUUUGCACAAGGAGGUAGUUAUGUUCAAAAACAAAGUUGCGGCCAAGCACUUGAAAUCGACAAUAAGCGAUGUGUACUCCUAGCUUCCCCUUAUAUAUUCUCUUUUAAUCUCCUUGCAUACGCCAGCGAAACAGAUCAGAUGCCAGUUGCCUUCUAGAAUUUUCUGCACGGUCAAUGAUGAGAAAAGUAAGAUGAUUACCACAAGUUCAAGAGAAAAAGAUCUCCAAGCAAAGCAUGAAGGAGACACCAGUGGCAGCAAAUUCUUGAAGGGGCCAUCUAGUUCAAGACAAUGGGUAGGGUUCAGAAACCCAAGGAUCGUGCGUGUUUCGCGCUCCUUCGGGGGAAAAGACCGGCACAGCAAGGUGUGCACCAUAAGGGGAUUACGAGACAGGCGAAUUAGGCUAUCGGUACCCACUGCAAUCCAAUUAUACGAUCUCCAAGACAAGCUUGGCCUUACUCAGCCUAGCAAGGUAAUUGAUUGGUUGCUCGAUAUAACCAAGCAUGAUAUCGAUAAGCUCCCCCCACUCCAAAUGCCACAAGGAAGCUUUGGUCAAUUUCACCAACCAAUGUUACACAAUCAUGUGCUGAAUAUACCCCAAUCUUCUUUCGAUACCUUGUUUGACGCAAACAUGAACUUCAUCAGGGAUGGAAAGAACAAAUUAUCACCAUCUACCAAGGAGGACCAAAUGACAAAUUUAUCAAAAUCAAGAUAUUGGGGUAGUACUCCAGAUGCUGCUGUGGGAACAAAAGAUAAAGAAGUAGUUCAAAACGAAUCGGGCAUCGAGAAAACAAAGUGGGUCAAACUAAGUGAACAAAACCCUUUUCCAAAGGCCAAUCCUCAUGCUCCAUUUUCAAGUUUUGCAAACAAUGGCAUGCCAUAUGCUCCCUACUGCCACUGUGAGCCUUCAAAUUUGUGUUUAUCCCAAUUGGGACACUUUGGUUUUCCAUCCCAAGCUGAAGAUCCACAUAGUAAUAAUAUUUCUCCGUUGCUGUAGCAGUCUCAGGUAUUUUUCUACCCACCACCUACAACAGCAUCAGUACUUUUCCCCUCAUACCCCAUUAUUAGUAAUACUAUCACUUCUUCUUCUUUAGAGGGUGACCUAAUUAGAAAAGUAAACCAUUUUCAAAUAUUUAGCGCCAGUUUGCAGAACAUGCCACUGAAUGGUUUUGUGCCGUCUCUUCAUUCAGCUAGCUCAGCUCUGAAGUCCUUCCCAUUGAAUGUAAAUUUCAAGCUUCUUCAAUCUCAAAACAAUGAAGAAAAUAAGGGUAACACUGAUCCUUGAAUUUUUGCAUGUUAUGCUACUUCUCAGUCUCGGCUAUAUGUUUUAAUUCAUAGCUUCACAACUUGUAUUCGAAUACGUACCAUUAUAUAUGCAAAUUAAACGUGUUAAUAAUUAUAUAUUAUGGGAGUUUGUAA